AUGAGAGAAGUUAUCUCCCUCAACGUCGGUCAAGCCGGUUGCCAGAUCGCAAACUCGUGCUGGGAGCUAUACUGUCUCGAGCACGGUAUCCAGCCAGAUGGAUACCUUACCGAAGAGCGAAAAGCGUCUGAUGCUGAUCAAGGCUUCAGCACAUUCUUCUCAGAGACCGGCAACGGCAAAUAUGUUCCUCGAACAAUCUACUGCGAUUUAGAGCCCAACGUUGUCGACGAGGUCCGCACUGGUACAUACCGCAGCUUGUUUCAUCCUGACCACAUGAUCACUGGCAAGGAAGAUGCUAGCAACAACUAUGCUCGUGGCCAUUAUACUGUCGGUAAAGAGUUGAUUGACCAAGUUCUGGACAAGGUACGAAGUGUCGCAGACAAUUGCUCCGGCCUACAAGGUUUCCUGGUCUUCCACUCCUUCGGUGGUGGUACCGGUUCUGGUUUCGGUGCUCUGCUCAUGGAACGUCUGUCUGUCGAUUAUGGCAAAAAGUGCAAGCUGGAAUUCUGCGUCUACCCUGCCCCACAAGUUGCGACAUCUGUCGUUGAACCAUACAACUCUAUUCUAACAACACAUACCACACUUGAGCACUCCGACUGCUCUUUCAUGGUCGAUAAUGAGGCCAUCUACGAUAUCUGCCGACGCAAUCUAGGCAUUGAGCGGCCAAACUAUGAAAACUUGAACAGACUUAUUGCUCAGGUCGUCUCCUCCAUUACCGCUUCUCUCCGAUUUGAUGGUUCAUUGAACGUCGAUCUCAACGAAUUCCAGACCAACUUGGUCCCUUACCCACGAAUCCACUUCCCACUCGUAGCUUACGCCCCAAUUGUCUCUGCCGCCAAAGCUUCCCACGAGUCGAACAGCGUACAAGAGAUGUCGACUGCCUGCUUCGAGGCUAACAACCAGAUGGUCAAAUGCGACCCACGUAACGGCAAAUACAUGGCAACCUGCCUGCUGUACCGUGGUGAUGUUGUACCAAAAGAAGUCCACAGCGCAGUGGCCACUCUCAAGACAAAGCGAACCAUUCAAUUCGUGGACUGGUGCCCGACUGGAUUCAAGAUUGGUAUCUGCUACCAGCCACCACAGAUGGUCCCCAACGGUGAUCUGGCCAAGGUCAACCGAGCUGUUUGCAUGUUGUCUAACACUACCGCUAUUUCCGAGGCGUGGUCAGCCCUCUCACACAAGUUCGAUCUUAUGUAUAGCAAACGUGCCUUCGUUCACUGGUAUGUGGGUGAGGGAAUGGAAGAAGGUGAAUUCAGCGAAGCUCGAGAAGACCUUGCAGCUCUGGAGCGCGAUUAUGAGGAGGUUGCAAGCGACUCUAUUGAGGAGGGUGAUGGCACUGAAGUUCUAGAGCACUAG